ACUUGCGCAAAACAAAAAUUUCUGCCAUUUUGGUAUAAUGGUAGAUGACAGAUUUUAUAUUUUAAAUUGAAAGGAAAAUCACAAUCAGGAGGCCUCUAUUGCCAAAUAGUGUUCCAGGCGUAUUUUCUUAAUCGAAUUAAUGAAUCCUUACAUGGAAAUCGCCUAACAGUCUGGGAACAUGGAAAUAAAUAAAAAUAAAAAAUUAAUUUUCAAAAUUGCCAGGAGGUGGUGGUAAGAUUGACAUUUCUGACAGUCAGGGUUGGCAACGUGGCGACGCCAAGUAAGCCGGAGGAUCAUGGGAAAAUCAAGACCCUCCUGACUGACAAGUAGCAAGGAAGUUGCAUUGUAUUUGUUAGUUACGCAUUUUCCACAGAAAAUAAACAUUCGGUUGGAAAACUAUUGGAAAAGACUACAAUAAAUAGGAUUCCAGCCAUUUAGUCUACAGUUUAGUGUGUGAUGAUUUGAUCCAGCACUACAAAUAAGGCUAAAUUCCUUCCCUUAAUCAUAAAUCGCCGCAGAAUGUAUGAGACUAGUGACUCCGUAGGAGAUCCCCCCGUUUAUAAGCGCGGGGACAUUGUUUGGGUGAAAUUGAGUAAUUAUUGGUGGCCUGGCGAGGUGAAAACCGAAGAAGAUUUAUCCAGAGAUUUGGUACUGGACUUUAAAAAACUCCCUAAGGUCAUAGUACAGUUUUUCGAUGAAGAUUCUUACGAAUACAUCAAUAAAUGGUCCAACAUCUAUCCUUACAAUUGCGAAAGGAAAAGUGAAUUUAUCAAAAAAGGCAUGGCAAAAUAUAGAGGAAAACAGACUCACAUGUCUAAAUUUCCAAAAGACAUUGGAAUUGCAGAGGAAAAGACUAAUGGAAAUCCGAACAUCCUGAGUCAGUCUGAAUUUUUACCACCUAAAAAGAUUGAUUUGGAUGAAAUAUUUGGAACUCCUAGGCCAACCCCUAAAAAAUCUCAAAAGGAAACCUACCAGCCAACAAUCUCUCAUCGCCGAUUUCUUGGAAAUGACGACUACACAGCUACAAUAAUGUGGCAGUCUCCUGGCAAAGAUCGGGAACCAGAUAGUGACAGUGAGGACAUCCAGAAAUUUUAUGAUGGCCCACAAACUAUUUUGACCUGUGACACAUGUUCAUACCAGACAAAGAGAACAGGCGUUUUUCUGAAUCAUUGCAAAACACAUUUGGAUGGUUCUUUUGCAGCAGCCAAACGCAAAUCCAAAAUAUCUGAAUAUGAUUUCGUAGAAUCAGAUUCUGAAAUGCCAGCACCAAAACCAUCUAAGCCAAAGCAAAGGAAGAAACUUGUUAAGAAACAGACAAACGAGCAAAGUGUUGAGAAUUGGUUGGACGAGUGGAAUGAUUCUGAUGAGGAAGUGGAAGGAAACAAAUCUUUGAUCAAUGACCGAUGCCAGGAAUCAUUAAAUCAUCAAGCAAAGGAGACAGGGGAUGAGAUUGCAGCAAGUGUUGGAGAAACUUCUUCUGGAAAAGUUGGCAAUCAGGCAGCAAAUAAUCAUACUGUGGUUUCUACAAGUUCACACGAAAGUACCAUAGAUGAUAUCAAAAACUGCUUUGAUUUUGACGAUGAUGAUGAAGUUGAUUUUGGUUUGUUGUCUCCAGUCCGCAAAAUCCCUAGAGUUAUACCUGAAAAACCUAAAGCUAGUAAAACAAAUCUUUUAGAGCUAAGUGAGAAGGAGGAUGAACUAGCAAAAGAAAUAACUCUAGUGGCUACAGAAAAAUCAGAAAAUCCAGAACAGUCGUCUGAAACCGAUCCGGACCCGAACAGAAAAGAAAUCCUACGAGUCAGCCAAAGUUUCAACCGCGGCCUGGCCAUUGACGAUUCAAUAGCAAACACUUUUAAAGAAAUCAUGGAAGUGACUGAAGUUCCUGCUAUAGAUGAUUUGAGCCAAACCUUGAAGCCCGAACAAAAUUUUCAUGAUGCCAGGGCCGUAAAAUUUCCUGACAAAGGAGGUACAGAUACUAUGAAAGGGACCUCAAGGAAAAUGGUUGUCACAUCGCUGAAUGAUUUUGAGAUUUUUCAGAAGAUGGAAGAUGAAGAGGAUACUGAAAAACAGGUCAUACAACAGAAGCUUGAAAAAUACACCACUGAAUCAACUACAUCAUAUGGCAGUGAAAGGAUAGAAGAUUUAGAGAUUGUUGUUGAAAGUGAGGGUAAGACCAAAGAAAUUCUUGAUGCCCAAAUGGAGGCAAUAAGUAAAGUUCUUGAAACUGAACAGAAUUUAGCUUGUAAAGAAAUCAUUAACCAACAAGAAAUUUCUUUGGAACAAUUGACAAGAGACUUGGAAGGAGCAAGUGAUACUGAACAAAACGGAGAUCAAAAUAAGAAUAGACAAAAUAAUAUGGACUCUAAAGAAACUGGUAAAUUUGAGAGCAUACAUAAAAAAACGAAAUCCAAUAAGCAUCGUAGAGAUGAAUCCAAGAUUAUAGCGAAGUAUCAAGAAGAUAGCAAUCCUACUGUUUCAAAACCAGUCCAAGAACAACAAAAAAUCAUCAGGUCAAACAAAAAUGAAAAUCAAACUGAUGAAUUGAAUACCAUGGCUCGUGAUUUACAUAAACAAGAGAUAGCAAUCAAAUCAUCUCAUAAGGAUUCAUCAAAUCAAUCCUUGAGAAGGGGUAGAUCAAGCAAGAGUCUUGAUAACCAAGCUAAAGAACUUCCCAAAUUAGACUCAAAUAAUGAAAAUCCUAAUAAAGAAAUUGUUCACGAGUCUGAAAAAAGCCCAGUGUCUGAUACCCGAAAGCCUUUGUUUUGUGAAGAUGCUGCGCAACUAGAAGAAAAACUAGUGAAAGCCACUAACGACAUUGUUGAGGAUAUUGUAGACAUAUCUCUGAAAAAAAGGUCGCACUACAGAAUAAGGAAAUACAAAUCUGAAGUGCCUGAGGUGGAAAAAAGAAGGCACGACACAAGGCAUGCAACUGAGGAUAUUGUAGUGCAAGAAGUUCUUAGUGUACCAGCUACCACACCAGGAAAAAGUAAAUAUAGAAGCCACAAAUCUGAAAUAUAUAUUUCAGAUACUAAAAAUGAUGACAUACCGACCAAGAUAGUACUAGGAUCAGCUACAAAAAAAAGUAAAUCGCUGCAGCAAGUUAAUCAAAUUCCAGAAAAAAUUAAAGAUGUAGCUAAAAAAGCUACCUCAGACACACCAUCAUCAACCAGCAAAAGAAUUACAAAAUCAUAUGGAGAAAAAUUGUCACCAAAAUCUCAUAAAAACAAAUCAGAAGAGUCUGCAAUUUCUGCUGAACCAGUAUGUGAAACUGAAAAACAAAUAUCAGUAAUGAAACCGAAUAAAUCUCAAAAACAUUCUCGUGUUGAAAAAGAGGUAAAAUCAGCAGAAAAUAUAGAUGCCAAAAGUGAACCCAUCCAGCCAGCAGAAAGUGUAAGAUUGCUUUCAAAAGUUAUUCACAGUACAAUAAUUGAACCUGUUUCAAUUGAAAAAUUACCUAGAAGGGGGCAUCAUAAGUCAAAAUAUAAUUCUGGGGAUAAAACUUCAUCUAUGAAAGACACAUCUGUUGUUUGUAUUGAUGCCAAACCCGCAGAAGUUUUAACAGAAGCAAGUUUGAUAGAACCUGAAAUUUCUUCACAAACAGUAGUAGAAAAUCAGCAACUUGAAAAUUUAUUUGGAAAUCAAAUCAUUUAUACAUCAUCAGAGACUUUACAAAAAUCAGAGGAGUCAAUUCCCGAAGCAAGCAUUGAAAUUGUAGCAGAUGCUAUGGAUGUUGAUCAAAGAAGUCAAAAUAAACAGGAAAUUGAGAAAACUGAUAUAGAAAAAGCCAUUGAAGAGCUAAACUUCCUUAGUGAAUGUGCCAAGUCCUCAGAACUUUAUGGAGAAACUAUUGAAACUGCAGAGGCUCCAAAGUGUGUAGAAUUACAUGGAACAAUCACUGAUAUUGACAUUUCAUCUAUACCUUUGCCAAAUAGUGAUAUUGAUAUUUUAAAAACUAAAGAAGAUCUAGCUUUAUCUUCUCACAAAUCAAACAAAGAUAAAUGGGAACCAACCCAUGAUGAUGCUGAACACAAUUUUACUUUACUAAAUGAUGGAGGACGAAGAUUGCGUUCUUCUAAAAGAGUAUCAUCACAUGUAUCAAAAGAAUGUUUGCCAGCAGUUCCUGCUAAAAGUCUCCCUCACUCAACAGCAGAUGUAUAUAGACCCGAAGUUCACAAGGCUGAACCAUCAAAUUUCAUAACAGUUGAUGAAAAAAGUAAACUUUUAAGCCCCAAAACAUCAGGCGUUGUUAUUGAGAAACAUUAUGGACAGUCACCAAAGGGUCGAGCAGGAAGAUCCAGAACUAGAUGGGACGUCGUUUCUCCUGCUAAAGAGCCAAUAGCUGAUACUAAUGAAGAUAUUUCAAAAGAAUUACCUGUUGGUACAAUGACUGAACUACCUGCAAUAAUUCAAGAGAAUACUCUUGAUGAAAUUUCUAAUGUACGAUCUGAAGAAGAUUCUUUUACUUCAGAUAUAACUAUUUUAGAUGCUCAGAAUAUUGUUUCUUUUGAAACUGUGGUAACAGAACCACCACAAGAAGUCGUGGAAGAAACAAUUGUAUCUAUUAUUGAACCAGAAUUACUUGCAGAUAUUCCUUUGCCUCCAGAGCCCAAACCAAUAAAACCAGUUGAAGAAACACCUGUAAAGAGUCAUAAAAAGCACAAAUCUAGAAAAACAAGUUACAGAAGAAAAAGUAGUUCAGAGGAAAAUAAAUUAAACGAUAUUGAGGAUUCAGUUUCACAAAUAUUAGCAACUGGUCUUCAGAAUGUCCCUUUGCCUGCACAAGAUAAUCAAUGUUUAGAACUUGUAGCCAAUUCUUUAUGUGAAGCCCCAGAUGCCAUUGUACCAGAUUGUGACACCGAAACUGUAGUUGUAUCUUCUGUCUGUCAAUCAGAAGCGAAAAAUGAACAGGAAGCUCUAUCUGUAUCUGUAGCCAAAUUAGUUGACCAACCUGCUAUUGAAAUAUCAGCAGAAAAACUAGAAAUUACUGUGGAAAAUCCAAAUAAUGAUGCCUUACCUUCUAAAGCAGAUUUGACUCAGGAAGUUAUAAUUGGAAAUGUGCCUGAGACUCCAGUAGUUUGUGAAGUUAUGGAAGGCGCAAUAGGAGCUAUAGAAGCUCAACAAGAAACUGAUGUAAAAUCCACAAAGCAAGAAAUUAUGCAGGCUUCUGAUCUUGAACAUUUAGAAUCGCAUACCCAAAGUGUAGGCAAUUUUGUGGAAGCUCAAAAAGAAAUACAAAAGGAGAAAAAUGAAACUGAUUCAGAAUCCAUAGAGCAAAUUAUUCAAGCUACCACAGAAGUUACAACUUCAGAAUUCAAUCCUGAAUCUGUAGAGAAACCCCAAGUUGACCAAAAAGAUUUCGAAGAUGCUCAACAAAGAAUUGAAAAUGCUGAGGAAUCUAAAAAGCUAGAAAUUAUGGAAGUUACAGGAUCUGAAUUUGUAAAAUCAAAUACCCAAACUGUUGGGUGCCUUGGACUAGAUUUAAUAGAAGCGCAACAAGAUGUGGAAACUGAGAUCAUUGAAACUGAUGCAGAGUCCUUAAACCAAGUUAUUCUGGCUACCACAGAAGUUACAGCCUCAGAAUUGAAUACGAAAUCUGUAGAGAAACCUCAAGUUAAUAUAGAAGAUUUUGUAGAAGCUCAACACAAAAUAGAAAAUAAGAAAACUGAAGCUUCUGCAGAACUCCUUAACCAAGAAAUUAUGCAAGCUUCAGAACCCGAGUCCAAGACUCAAACUUUAAAAGAACUGCAGCCUUGUGGAGAAAGUGUGGUAGAGACUGAACACAAAACAGAAAGUGAAAAAAUUGAAACAUCUAUAGAAUCCAUAGAGCAAGAAAUUAUGCCUGCUACAGAACCUGCAGUUAUAGAACCAAAUACUGAAAUUGUAGAGAAACUCCAACUUCAAGAAGAUGUAAUUGAAGCCCAACCAAAAACAGAAGAGAAGAAAGUUGAAACUCCUUUAAAAACCACAGAGCAAGAAAUUAUUCAGGCUAUUGAAUCUGAAAGUUCAGAAUUUAAUACUGACACUCUCAAAAUAUGUUCGCUCCAGGAAGAAAGUAGAAUUGAAAUUGUGCAAGCAAUGGAACCUGAAAUUACAGCUCUAGAAAUACUUAAAAAAAAAGAAGAGCAGAAAAUUGAAACUUCUGAAGAGUUUAUAGGGCAAGAAAUUAAACAAGCUAUAGCACCUGAAACGUCAAAAUUAGAUACGCAAACUGUAGAGCAACGUCCAGUAGAAUCACCCAAAAUCCAACAAAAUAUAAAAAAGGAGAAAUCCGAGACUCGUAUAGAAUCAAUAGAGCAAGAAACUAUGAAAACUACAAUACCCGAAGUUUCAGAAACAAGAAUGCAAACUGUAGAGCAAGUAAUUUCAGACACAGUGGAACAAUUAUUCCAAAGUAAAGAAGAAUCAGUUGUUACGCCUAGAGACUGGUCCUGCAAAGGCAAAUUGGCCAAAACUAGCGAAACAUAUUUAGAGGACGAAUCAUUUAUGCUUAACACAGCAGAUUUAGGACUUAAAGGUUCUUCUUCACUGGCUACAUUAGCAGCAGCCUCUGUUAUUUUAGAAAACCGAGAAAGAUCUAAAAAAUAUUUCCAAACAGAGGAUAUUUCCUCAAAAGUAACUGAACAAAAAUUAAAAUCAGUCCCUCCAAAGAAAAAAUGGCCAAGACGUAACAGUCGUGCUAAAAAAGAGUCUGACAUUGAAGAAAUUAGUGAUAAAAUUAAAUCAGAUCCCUUUGAGUUUACUAUUAGCGAAAAGACUGAACAACCACCCCAAGAGACCACCACACUGGAUAGUGAAAUAAUUUUGCCCCCAAAGAAGGCAAAAAGGAUUAGUGAAGCUAGUUUCCUACAAUCUAGCUUUUCACCUGAAAAUAAGUCUGAUGUUGAUAUGAGUUUUCCCAAUUUUGAUGAUUCGUUUAUGUCCACGUCUUUGAGAAAUAACAUCGAAGGUAUUAUUAAUAAAUUUGAUACUACUGCAUCUACCAGUUCUGAACCAGCGUCAGCAGAUGUCGCUAAAUGUGUUCCGCCAAAAAAGAAGAAGAUUGAAGAUUCAAUUAUUGAAAAAGCGGUAGGGAACAUGCCACAAUCUCCAAAGAAAAAAAUGCAAAAAAUUUUUGAAAACAGUCAAGUUAUUGAAAAGUCAGCCACAGAACUUCCAUUGAUGUCUCCUUUAGCCAAAAAGAAAAGUUUUCUGUAUCAACAAGAAGAACUUGAACAAUCUAAAACUAAUGUAGAUGUUAGAAAGAAUGAAAUAAAUGUAGAUGAAUUUUUAAAUAUAGCGACUAAUAGAAAAAAGAGAAAGUCGUCUUCCUGUGAAACGGGUACAGUUAAAAAAGAGAAAAAAAAUGAAACUGACUUCUCAGCAGAGCUCAAUAAAUCUGAAUGUGAAAUAGAGCUAGGCUCAAAUUUGCCAGGCAUAGCUUCAACGACCAAAAGCCAAGCUUUAAUUGAUAUAAACAAAGAAGAAAUUAUUGUUCCUCCAAUGCUGAAUGAGGCUGAAUUGGUCCCAAUAUCCGUCACACCCACAGUUAUGACAGAAACAGAUUUGGCCGACACCCAGGUAGAAAUUACCACAACUGAAGUUAUAAGCAAAAAGACCCCACCUAUGUCUUUGGAAACGACCCUAAAAAAUAUCAUUAGUGGCAAAAAAAUUGGCGGAAGCUCUAAGAAAAAGAUUGGCGAAGGUUCUGGCACAAAAUUCCCAUCUAAAGCAAUGCUCAAAGAAUUUGAUCCUCAGCCGUUUCGGUCACAAGCUCCCAAACGAAAAUCCGAUCUCUUGGACAUUUUGGAAGGGAAUUCGAACUCUUCUACAAACUCCAGUGGAUCAGAACAAAAGUUCAAGACAUCAUUCGACAAUUAUGACACUACAAAUACAGUGGUAGGAAAUAUUGACUUUGAGGAUGAUAUUCCGAAAUCUGAAAUUGUAUUGACCAAUAGGGACAAUGAUAAUGUUCUACUCGAUUCUCCGAGAUUGUUAGAGAGACUUUCUAUGACUACUGGAUCAAAAACACAAAAUCAGAAAGUUAUGGUUCAAAGCGACGUUAAAGUCCACAAAAAACUGGUAAUGCCCAAACUUGUGAAACCUACAGAUGUUCCUAAAACAGGUCAGAAUAUUUUUAUUAAAACUGGAAAAUCUGGUGGGAUUGCAAAACCAAAAAUGGUCGGUAGCAAACCUAUAAUAUUAUCAGAGCAAAUUUUAAGGCCGGCAACUGCUACUACACCCACAACAGUUCUACCUCAAGGUAACAAAAGACAAUAUGAAGACAUUGAAGACGUGGAAACAGCUUUUAUUAUUCCAAAAAUUUCGAAAAAAACGGAGACAGAAAUUGCAAUUGCGUCUAAAUUGCACGAAAAACCUGCUAGAGCGACAAAGCCUAUAAAACCCAAGCCGGCCAUUAUUAAGCCAAAAAGUGAAGUCGUCCCUCAAACUGGCGCAGCCACCACUUCAAAACAGUUCCAACAACCAACUCAAACUAUUCAAGACGCCUCCAUGUUUGACAUAAGCAAUAUGCCAGUAGUUUUAUCUGAGGAUCUUACUCCAGAGUGUAUUCAAAAUAUGCCUGUGAUCCUAUCUGAGGAUAUUUUACCUCAAACCGGUGUGAAGCCUGUUGCUACACCUGUAACACAACAUCAGGAUAAACUUAUGGCUGCUUUAUCAAAAAAACUAGUGCCAGGCGGAGGAAAACAGAUAAUUUUCAAAACUACUCAACCUAUGGCUGGUACUUCUAAUUCUAUGACCGGUAAAACGGUUACGAAAACGAAACUAUUGCAAAAUGCAUCUCUACAGUCUAGAAUCACCAAAGCUGGCACUCCUGCUCUAUUUGCCACUUGUACCACUCCAGAUGGUAAACAAGCUAAAUAUGUUUUAGUCCCACCGGCCGGAACUGUAUCAGCUCUACCCUCGCGAAUGCAAACAAUUCCAAAGGCGAUAAUCAAAAAACAAACCCCCAUUCAGCAAAAAAAUGCGGCCUCUAGUGUAGCUCCUGCCCAAGAUCAGAUAGUUGGCAACAAAAUCAUGAUUGUAACCAACUCGCAGGGUCAGCAAACUAGGACGAUGCUGACCCCUCAACAACAAAUUGCUUGGAUGCAAACUCAGGGUGGAGUCAAAAAAACCAUUAUCAAGGGUGCCAUUCCUAAGGCCCUUCUAGACUCUGCAACUUCAGCAUCUGUAACUGCAGGACCAAGUGGGGUAAUAGUACCGAAAACUGUGUCAAAUCUGGCAGUUACCAGCCAAGCAGGCUUGCUUAUGCCGGUCAAAGCUACUCCUACAACGAAAAAGGUCAACCCAAGAGCUAAAACUCAAAAAACUGUUCUAAUUAAGAAUCAAAUGGGAGAAACGGUUAAGAGAAUACAUGGUCUCAACAAUGAGGAUCUAGACAGGCAAGUUGCAGAACAAUUAGAAGCAAUCAAGGCUGUUGCUAGAGAGCAUGCACGCAGAUCUCAAGAGGCGACUACUAGUAAUCUGAAUAGGACAACUCCUAGUAGUAGUAUUCCCAGUACCUCCGGUAAACAAGUGGCACGAAGAUUUACCAAAAAAGUGGAGCAAAAAUUAAAAAUUCCUGCCUCCACAGUCACGCAAGCGGAAAAUCAACAGUCAUCCGAAAUCACUGGUAUAGUUCCAGCAUUGGCGCCUCUAUCUCCGCAACCGCGUGUAUUACCUACAGCCAAACCUACUACGACUCGAAAAACGGAAUUGCCAUCCACUAAAACGCUAGAAGCGAGACAGCAAACGACGGUACCUAGAACUGAAGCGUCACAAGAAUUAGUCCUCGACCCACAGCAUGUGGUACUUCGAGAUUCUUCUGGUAAACUUUCCACAGUCACUGUAGGACAAAUUCUAGCUUUUCCAAACGACUUGGUGGACGGCCAACCCCAGACUUAUGUUUUAGUGAAAGUGGAUGAGAACGGUGCCUUAGAACCAUUGAAUAAUGAUGCCCUAAUAACACUGGAUCCAAACUUGGCUUUUGGGCCAGACAUCAAUAAUGUAGUACUUGAUGUUGAUCAUGACCAGGGUACUGUUUCAGCAAGUAAACUUCUCGAUGGGUUUGAUCUGCAACAAAAAGCUAUAGAAGGAGCAGUGACACCUGUAACAAAUCAAGAACUCGCACCUGUAAAACAAAAAGCGCAAUACUCAGAACAGUUACCAACCGUAAAUGAUGAGUCACUUGUUCCUGCUGAGCAGCUAGUACAACAAGAAACGUCAAAUACCGUUGAACAACAGGUCCUUAUAGGUGAAGGGGUGCUUCCAGGAGAUGCUGGUGGCCAACAACUGAUGAUAACAGGCAACCAAAUAGCUACACAAAAAUUCAUUGAAUCUCUCUCAAAUGGCUCCAUAGAUUUGGCAAGUAUUUUAGCUAAUGCAGAGAGUGGUAGCGUUAUUGUACAAACAGACGGACAACAGCUGCUGAUAAAGACCUCUACUUUCUCUCAACAAGCCGCGUUGGGUUGUGUAGAAUCUACAGAGGGCGGUGGCAAUCCAAUGUUUGCAACACAUAGACCCAACCAAGAUAUUUUAGCGGCAGCCCUAGCCGACACUGACGUGUUUCAGCCCACUCUAGAACCGCCUCUCAAAUCUAGAGCGCAAGUUAGUCCACCGGGUGGCUCUAGUAGCCCGGGAGGCGGUCCGGGACUUUAUCCUAUGAACGCGGGCAACGUUUUAGAAACCAGUUUGACUUUGAACAUGCCUAUAAUGUCUCCAUUGGAAUUGCCCAGUAAUAAUAAUAAGAAAAUUGAUGAUGAAGCUGAAAUUUUACAAACGGUUCCUACCAAUGUCGAUUUACCUAUAACCAUUACUGAUCCCAAUAUCGUUCAAACGGUGGCCCAUCAGCAAGCUGUGGGUCUUUUGGAACUCUCUCUACCUAUUUCCGAAGUUGGACCUGUUACUGGCAUGAACAGCCCUUCGUUUUCCUAUUCUUUACCCACUUUGGAUGAUUCCACGGGUAUACAGAAGUCUUUUAGUAGCAGCAUGCCUCUGUUGACAGAAGAUGCUGUAGAGAGUGGAAACAGUGCUUCAUCGGACCAAAUGACAGUGAGCAAAGACUUGUGCGUUGUAUCAACAAGUUUUAGUUCAGGCUUCGGUUCGAUGCCACUGCUUUCGGACGCUAUAGAGUCCACUCGAGAAGAAGUUGUUAAAACUAGUGCUUUCAAUGAAUUCAUUGGGGCUAUGUUUAAUAUGACCGAGGAUGACGUUAUAGUUGAUAGACAGGCAAGCGAACCCGGAAAAUCGACAAGUAAACGCUGCAUGGACCGAGGUCUGGCCGUUUUUGGCGGAAAAAUGUGUAGUUCCCUAAGCGAACCGCCGCCGGACAUGUUCGAAUUCGACGGGCAAAGAGAAGAAGAAAUUUCGAGCGACAUAUCUUCGAUGCCGGAACCUGAAACUUUAUCGAUCACCAGCGAAAAUUCCGACGAUAUCCCCUUACAACCGCCCAUAGUUGCGACCCUUAGCGAUCUUAAGGGGCCCGAUGACGAUUCGGCAAGUUCGAGUUCGGACAAUAAACACGCGUGAUUUGACUGAGAUGUGAGAAAAGAGAACUAUGUAUUAUGUAAGUUUUUAGUGUAAAUAAUUAUUUUUUUGUACAUUUUCGGGUAGAGAUACAGACGGAUGGAUGGUGUACUAUGGGCCGGGUUAUGUUUAACAAAAUUGUGAGAUUAGGCAAUUUAUUGUAAAAAUUGAUUAUUAGGUGGAUCCAGGUUGUGCAAUAACUGCAUAUUUAAUUUUUUAGCUAUAGUUUUUGAUAACCUUGCCCAUUCAAUGAUAGGUAAAACUAGAACAGUUCCAAAUUUUGUACAUUAUAAUUGUUAUCAUGUAUGUACACCUUUUGUACAUAAACAAAAAAUAAAAUUAAAAGGCUUCAUAUCUUUUAUAUUGGUCAGUUAUGAAUGUUGAGCUUAUAUUUUCAUUAAUUUUUUUUUAUAUUGGACAUACACUGCAAAAGUGUAUCAACUUAUGUCAUAGGACUAUAGAAGUUUUCUGUUUUUAUUAUUUUUUUUUUGAAUAUUAUAUGAUUAUUAUGUAGUUUAUUACGUAUUAUUUAUGUAUCAAUUUUGGUGAAAAUAUAAGCAAUUUCUUUUUAUUAUACAAGGCUAAGCACUUUAUAUAUAAUUAUAUUCUAGGUGUUUCAGUAGAGCUAUUUUAUGUGACAGAGAUCAUUCUGACAACAGAAUAAUUGUUAGAUCUUGUUUUUCAAGUUGGCUCUGACUUUUAUUAGAUUAGUAAAAUAAUAUUUCGAUUGUACUUUCAUUAAAAUAAUAAUAUAUUAUUUAUAAUAAAGUAUAUUUUGCGUUUGUAA